AGCUAAACCUUCAUCAUGAACGACACGGUAACCAUCCGGAACAGGAAGUUCAUGACCAACAGACUACUUCAGCGGAAGCAAAUGGUCAUCGAUGUCCUUUACCCUGGGAAGGCAACAGUACCCAAGACAGAAAUUCGGGAAAAACUAGCCAAAAUGUAUAAGACCACACCUGAUGUCAUCUUUGUGUUUGGAUUCAGAACCCACUUCGGUGGUGGCAAGACCACUGGCUUUGGCAUGAUUUAUGAUUCCUUGGAUUACGCAAAGAAAAAUGAACCCAAACACAGACUUGCACGACAUGGCCUACAUGAGAAGAAGAAGACCUCAAGAAAACAGAGAAAGGAACGCAAGAACAGGAUGAAGAAAGUCAGGGGGACUGCUAAGGCCAAUGUUGGUGCUGGCAAAAAGGAGGCCUCAAGAGAACAGAGAAAGGGGAAGAAAAGAAAAAAAAGAAGAAAAAAAAAAACCCGUCCUCGGUGGCAAGAGAAAAAGAAAACUUGGGCUGACAGGAGGGGGUGGGGGGUGGAAGGAAGUGAGAGCACAAAAGAGAGAUAAAAGGGCUGCUUUGUGUCUCUCUCUCUCCCGGGCGCGCCGGCUCCGGAGGAGCUGCUGCUUUGCAUCCCUCCGCGCCCGCCCUGCCUCGCUCCCUUCUUCCUGGGAGAGAGAGAGAGAGGGAGGAGGAGGAGAGAGAGAGAGAGGGAGCGAGAGGCAGAGGGAGAGAGAGAGAAA